CACUUAUAUCUAUGCGACUAUUGGAAUUCCGGAACCCUGAUCGUUAGGGGAUAACUGGGAGAAUCUCUUAGCUCUCUCCAGCCGCACUACAGUCACAGCAUCAUAUGAUUCAUCGCACCACACAGCUCUCUGGGUUUUAGGAAAAAUGGCCGUCUCGACAAGAGUUUACGUCGCUGUCCUCUUCGUAAUGAUACACGUUUACGUUGGCCACAGAGGUGUUCUUGGUCAAAUUUCUGAAUGUGUCACUAAAUCCGCCUCCUGUACCAGCAGUAUAAAGAUAAGUGACGACAAAGAGGAACUAUGCAGAUCUGUGUCAGAGUAUCUUACCUGCGUUAAAAAUGCUUUAAAGGACUGUGGUUCAAAUGCUGAAGAUACUUUGAAAAAAGCAGAAGAACAAAUGGCUCAACAUGAAUGUUCCAGCGCCGGUGUGCCAGUAAUCAGUGUGCUGGGUCUUCUUAUCGCAGCGAUAGUCCUUGUUCUCUGACAGUAAAAAUGGAGAAAUUAUUAAAUCAGGCUUCCAAUAGUGUAGACUUCUUUAUAUCAUGGAUGAUCAACCACUUCUGCCAUUUUUAAUAGUUGCUUUUAUAUCUCCUGUUUUUAUAGUAUUUUUUUUAAAUAUUAACUAUUUGUAAUACAGGUUAGUAUGUGAUUUACUUUAAUAGAAUAAACACAUUUAUGUCGA